AUGAUCCCAUUCCCUCCAACAAAGAAUAAAUCGCAUGAAACCGAUGCAGGUAUUAAUGCUGCUUUUGGUGGAAGCGCUCCAAACGUUGUUGAAUUAUCUCAUCGUGUUAAAUCUGACGUUCCAGAUGAAACUGCUUUCCAAGAAUAUCUCCCAAUGCUUGGUGUUAUUGCAAAUGCACGUGUUUCAACUUGCUAUACAAGCCCAUUCAAAACUUCUGAUACAUUUCCUUCAGAUGAAGGUAUGGUUGAAGUCAUUAACACACUUUGGAACUAUUUAAGCUACAUUCAUCAAAAGAUCCUUUCUAUUGAUGCUUCUAGCACAGAUCAAUUGAAAGAAGUUAAAAAUUACAUCCAAGACGCUAUGGCUAUCUGCGAUAACUUAUAUAAGGCAACAAGCCAAUGCGAUCAUCCGUUCAUGACACCACAAGUCAGCGAAUACGCCAAACAAUACAAUAAAUACAUUAUUGCCGUUUGGCAAGUUGCCAUUAUGCAAGUUAGUGGCAAGAAUAAGAACUUUAUUGCUCGCCAAGCUCUUACAGCUGUUAACGAGAUCAGAGAGUGCGAUAACAUCGCCAGAGUCAUGGCAGAGCCAAUGCGUUCUUAUUUCAUGCCAAUUGCCACUACAACACUUGCAUACUAUCAAGGCUACGCAUACUUCAUGAAGGGCAGCUACCAUCUUAACAACAAAGAAUUCGGAAUUGGAAUUCAAUGCUACAGAACAGCCUGCCGCUACGUCAAUCGCCAAGAUGCAAAGAUCGAUUUCGCUCCUACAAUCGCAAAUGCUCUUACUUCCCUCAAAAGAGCUUGUUUGACAUCAAAAGAUGCCGCUGAGCAGCAAAACCGCGAUAUCUACCUUGAAAAAGUACCAGAUGGCGAUCCAGAAGGCUUCAAGCCACUUCCUUUGAUGCAACUUACCUCAAACAACGAACUUUACAUCAAACAUUUCUUCGAAGAAGAGAUGGCCAUGCUGGAAGAUGACCCAUGGGCUGAUCCAGGUGCUUCCAUUCCAUCAGGAACACCAACAAGCUCUCAGGGUGGCGAACAGCCCCCAGGAGACCUCCCUGACGAUUCGAUUUCGGAUGAUCCAUGGAAUUCUGGCGGUCCAAAGGUCGUCCGCGACACCAAUCCAUGGAACUCACAACCUUCGCAGCCUCCUUCAUACGAUAUCCCUCAGGAAGACCCAUUCCCUGUUUGGGAAAUCGCAAUGCAGCUCAAAGUAAAGGUUACUGAUAUGUGCAGACAGCUUCUCAACAAUCCAAAGUGGAGAGCUGAGGCAGAGAAGACAUUGCAGAUGCUCGGACAAGGUGCUGCUGCUGAUAAUCAAAUCCAGAAUACAAUUAACAGUUUCAAGAGAGGAGAUCCUAAUAUUACACAUGAUUAUGUUGAGGGAUAUGUUCAAAAGGCUAUGCAAUUCUACUCAAAUGUUGAGGCAAAGCUCAAACGUAUGGUUUAA